AUGGCAACAACUUUACAGAAAAAACAUCAAUUGGUCAGACAACAAACCAGAGACCUCUCUGUUAUUCACACUUAUCACGAUGAAGAGAAACAAGGUUUGGUGGAACACCUCAAUUUCCUCCUACAAGAUGAUCAAUAUUUAAAGAAUAGAAUUCCAAUCGAUCCAAAAUCAGAUUUAAUUUUCGAUUCACUUAAAGAUGGUAUUAUAUUAUGUAAAAUGAUAAAUUCAAUUAGACCUGGAACAAUGAAAGAAACACAAAUAAAGAUUGCCAGUAAGAUUAAUAUUUUCGAGAUGAAUGUAAAUUUGGAUUUGUGUUUGAAGGCGGCGCGUUCCAUUGGUUGUUACACUGUCAAUAUUGGUCCAGUCGAUUUCCAGGAAGGCAAACGACAUUUGAUUCUUUCGAUAUUGUGGCAGUUGGUCAAGAUUGAUUUGCUCAACAAGGUGACACGACUUGCAACUCGUGUCAAGGCAGAGAUUCUCUCGCUCAACGUCGAGGAGAGAAUCGAAGAGUUGGUUCCCGAUGAAAUUCUGGUGCGUUGGGUCAAUCAUCAUUUGAGUGCAUCGACAUGCAACCGUCGGGUGUCCAACUUCUCAUCGGACAUAAAGGAUUCCGUUGUCUACGUUCAUCUAUUCAACCAGCUGGCACCGAGAGUCUGUCUUUUGGAUCCACUCGAAGAUACGGAUUUGAGUGCUCGUGCAACUAGAUUCUUGGAGUAUGCAGAGCGUGUUGGAUGCAGGAAGUUUAUCACUGCCGAUGAUAUAGUUAGUGGAAACGGACGUCUGAAUAUUGCAUUCGUUGCAUUCCUCUUUAAUAAAUUCAAUCAGGUUGCAGAGGAACCGGCAGUUCCUGAGCAGGUGCUGAAAGAAGCCGACAGCAAGAUUCAAGAGAAUGAAUUGGUGGUGGCAGAGAUUCAACGUGAAAUCCAAGCGUAUCAACAAAAAACUCAUGAAAGUGCAGAGAGAGUUGCAGAGAUAAAGAGAAUCAUUGAGGAGCGAACCAAGGAGGACAAGAUCAUCGAGGAGGAAUACGAAGAGAGAAUCGAGGUGAUCGAGAAACAAAUUGAAGUUCAACGUGAUGAAUAUCAAGAAAAGAUAAAGGCGAUGGAGGAAGAACUUGCACGGCUGGAACAAGCUGAAGAAACUACAGCUGCUCUGGUCCAGGAGCUUGAAAAUGAAGAGAAAGAAACUGAGGAGUUGGAAAAGGAGAGUCACAAUUGGGGUGCGGAUUUGGAUCAGAUAAAGACAGAGGUGGAUACUGUUGCGAAGCAGAGAGUGGAACAAGAGAUUAUUUACAAUGCUGCCAAAGAAGAGUUGGAUAAGGAGAAUGAAGAGCUCGCUAAGGAGUUGAAAGAGGUUCAAGACAAGGUAGAUGAAACCGGUUUGACAGAGACAAAGAACAGACUUGCUCAGGUCAAACAACAGGUUGCAGAUACCGAACAGAAUAUCGAACAACUCAAGAAGGAUGAGAAAGAGUUGAAGGUGGUUCUAAGUGAUGCUCGUGAAGAUCGUAUUCGUAUCGCCAAUGCCAAGAAGAAGAUUCAAGAGCAGUUGGAUACCGCCAAAGAUAACACAGUCAAGGUUGUCAAGACGAGAAUCGAAACUGAGAAGAUCAUCGAUAAGACAACCAAACAAGUUAAGGAUCUAAAGUAUGAGGUCGAUAAGAUCAAGAAUGAUACAACCUAUGUGAAGCAACAAACCAGUGUUCUAAGAGUGGAGUUGAAUGAAGCAGAGGAGCAAGUGGUCGAUUUGAAACAGGAGAAGCGACGUCUGGAGACAAGAAAGGUGGAGAUUCAGGAGGAGCUGUUUGAGAAGGAGGUGGAGCUGGAGGAGACACUGGUGGAGAAGGAGGAGCGCGUUGAAACCAAGAAGAAAGAACAUCGUGAAGCAAUCCACAAGAUGAAGAGAAUCUUUGACAAUGAGAAGAAGGAGAUGUAUGAAGAGCGUGAGAAACUAAAGAUACAAAUGGUACAGGCUGAAACCGAUCUGCUAAGGGAGGAGUAUGCCACUGAGAAUCUCAGAAGAGAGACGGAUUUAAUGGAGAUGAAGACACGUUCCUAUACACUCGAUAUCAACAUGGAGAGAAUCGAGACAAAGGUUCUAGAGGAAAAGAUAGAGCGAUUGGAGAAAGAGAGUAGCAAGACCGUUGCUGCUGCAGAGGAAGAGAAGAAGGCAAACAAGAAGUUGGAUGAGGAAACACUUGUGGUGCGUGAGAGCAAGACUUUGUUGCGUGAGACAUUGGUGUCGGCAUCGAUUGAGACUGUCAAAGAGACAAGAGAGACACUGGCGUUGGAAGGUGCCAACGAGUCGAUACAGGCAGAAGCGGAAUCCAAUGCUGACAAGGCGCGAAGAUUAGAGUUGGCAGCGAUGGAGGAAUCGGCAGAGUUGGAUGUCAAGAUGGAUGAAUUGAAGGAUGAGAAACGAAGACUGAAGAAAAUCAAUAAGGAGAAGAAAGAACAAGAACGUUUGGUACUCGAGAAGAUCGAUCAACAGUUUGGUAAACAGCUACUGAAGGCAAAGGCAUUGGAAGAGUACAAGAAGAAAGAACUAUUGGAUAUGACUGCACAGACCGAGGAUAUCGAGUUGAAACAGAGUCGUCUCGAGGAGAAGUUGAGUCGCGCCAAAGUGGAGCUGGCCAACAAGAAGGAACGUCUCGAAGUGACAUCAUCGGAGCGCAACCGAUCCGAAGAGAAGAAGAAGAAGUUGGAGAGUGAGUUGUCGCGAGCGAUGAACAUCAUCGAGAAAGACAAGAAAGAUAAAGAUGAAGUGGACAAAGACUACGAGAUCACCGCUAUGAAGCUGAAGAAACUGAAAGAAUCGAGUGCUUCGAAAUCAAAGGUCGAGAAAGAACAGGCUAAGCGUGACUUGGAAGAGAGGUUGGAGAAGCUGAAACGAUCGCUCUCCGAGAAGGAAGGUGAAGUCAAGACAUUCAAGGAUCAGAGUGAGAAGCGUACCAAAGAGGAGCUGCUAAAGUUGACUCAAGAGAAGAACAAAGAGCUCGAGAAGCUGAGAGAGAAGAUGGAGAAACAGCUGUUGGAACAAGAGGGUGACACAAUCAAACGAAAGGAAUCAGAGAUUGGUAGACUCAACUCGAAUAACGUCAAGCUACAGAAGGAUAUCGAGAGAAUCUCGGCAAAGAAAGAGAGUGCCAAAGAAGAGGAACGUCUACUACUCGAGAAACUAGCAAGACAAAAAGAAAGAAAGAAACUAUUAAAAGAGAAAGAAAAGCAAUUAUUACAAAGUAAACAACAACAGCAAGAUGAUGAAGAGGAGUUAGAUGGUGCAUCUACUACUUCUACUACUAAAACAGCAGCAACAACAACAUCAACUGAUGAGUAA